CUCCACCGAAACUCGCCAUCUCCGCCCAACAACACUCGACCAUCAUUUCUGCUGUAAAUAUGGCCGCAGGCAAUCGUAAGGAACGGCGCGCAGCUGCCAAAACCGAUGCCAAAACCAGCGGCCACAGUACCGGCGCCGCCCUUCAGCCCACCACUGAGAUGGAUGAAGCUGGCAUCGAAUACCUCCUCCAACAUCCCGAUCGCUCUGGCCCAAAGGGGAAAACACUUUUUGACCUUGCCGAAGAGCGACAGAGGGAACUCAACAAGGGCAAACCCGCGAGAUGGAAUCUGGAUAAUGACAACACCCCAGCGGGUGAGCGACCGUUCAACGAUGGAGACCCCAUAGGUCCGCUCGGGAAUGCUGUGCUCUAUUCAAUAUCCCUAGCGACACUACACUUGACGUUCGAUGUGGUUGUGUACUCGCAGUACCGGGAGGAAGUCAUAUGGCCCGAAAUCUUCCAGCGUGCCGGGAAAGCGCUCCCCGUCUUUUUUGCUCUGGUCUAUCUUCUCCAUGUCGACACUUCGAAGCGAUUCCCUAUUCUAAGAAACGUCUUCUUCUUGACUACCUCCGUUAUUGCUGGUUGCUAUAUGGUCUAUUCCGGCAACGUCAAUGGCUACUUUCAUGUCAUGAAGACGGCACCGCCCAUCGGUGCGCUCUGGGUAUGGAGCGUAGUUGAAAUGAACUUUGCAUUCGCGUUUGCCAGUGUCCUCGCCGUCUUUGGUUACCUGUGGUGGAACGGGUUUGAAGCAUUCUAGCGAGCUCAUGCUCCUACAACCCCCAUUCCAGAAUGUCGCUGGAACGAAAAAUCCCCCAAUUCCUCCAAGCUGU